GAGGUUACAAUUUGAAUUUCAAUAACACAAACUACAUAAAAAUUUAAUAGUUAAACUGGAUACUGGAUUGUUUCUAAUAAAUAAGGUUUUCGCCAGAAUCCAUUGCUUAGGGUAACGCCACUAAUUAAACAGAAGAAGAAGCAUAAGUGAGGCUCUAAAGUAAUAAAAAGAUAUGCGUUAUGUUUUUAUUAAAAAACAAAAACUAUAUAAUCCAGCCACUCAAGUGUUUAUUAGUAUCUAAAACAUGUCGGUGUUAUUCAGAUUCCGUAAGAUUAGUUUCAAUGAAAAACAAACUGAAAAACGGCCCGGGUUUGAAAAAUUUCAUAGAGAGUUCGACACAUCCUAUUAUGGUAGAUCGUCCUUAUAUACCUUAUUUAGCCAAUGUUGAGUAUGCGACGAAAAGGAAAGUUUAUUUCGACAUAUAUGGAUGCCAAAUGAAUCUCAAUGAUACAGAAAUAGUAUGGUCUAUUCUACAAAAUGAGGGAUUUGAGAGGACUGAAGUAGAAGACGAAGCGGAUAUUUUCCUUGUGAUGACUUGUGCAAUCCGGGAAGGAGCUGAAACGAAAAUAUGGCACCGUUUAGACCAUUUGAGGGGAUUCAAGAAACGACGAGAAGUCUCUAAAUUUAAACAAAGACCUGUAAAAAUUGGAAUACUGGGCUGCAUGGCUGAAAGACUCAAGGAGAAGUUGAUAGAGAAAGAAAAAGCAGUUGAUGUGGUGGCUGGUCCAGAUAGCUACAGAGAUUUACCAAGACUCUUAGCUCUCACAGACAGUGGGCAGACUGCUGUCAAUGUGUUGCUAUCAUUAGACGAGACAUAUGCUGAUGUUGUGCCAGUUCGACUAAACCAAGAUAGUGUCUCAGCUUUCAUUUCAAUAAUGCGUGGUUGUGACAAUAUGUGUACAUACUGCAUAGUACCAUUCACAAGAGGGAGGGAACGAUCACGCCCUGUAUCAUCCAUCGUGGAUGAAGUCAGGCGACUAGCUGAUCAAGGUGUCAAAGAGGUUACGUUGCUCGGACAAAAUGUGAACAGCUAUAGAGAUAUAACUGAACAUACUGUGAAACAUGAAACAAAACUGGCUGAGGGUUUCAAGACUGUUUACAAGAGCAAGAUGGGUGGUCUCAGAUUUGCAGAUUUACUAGAUAAAGUGUCAUCUGUCGACCCGGAGAUGAGGAUAAGAUUCACGGCGGCCCAUCCUAAGGAUUUUCCUGAUGAGGUGCUGCAGGUGGUGGCGGAGCGCGCCAACGUGUGCAAGCUGCUGCACCUGCCCGCGCAGGCCGGCAGCAGCGCCGUGCUGCAGCGCAUGCGCCGCGGCUACUCGCGCGCCGCCUACCUCGCGCUAGUGCGCCGCGCCGCCGCCGCCGUGCCCGCCGUGGGUCUGUCGACGGACAUGAUAUGCGGUUUCUGCGGCGAGACCGAAGAAGAAUUUCAAGAAACGCUAUCGCUUUUGGAAAUUGUCGACUACAACAUCGCGUUCCUCUUCCCUUACAGUAUGCGAGAGAAAACAACAGCCUACCGGAGGUACAAAGACGACGUCCCCGAGGAUGUAAAAAAGGAAAGACACAGCCGUAUGUUGAACGUAUACCGUAGGAAAUGUCAAAUGUUGAACGAGGCGGAAAUAGGGAACACACAUUUGGUUUUAGUGGAGGGUUCCGUAAAGAAAACCGGUCAGUUGAUGGGCAGAAAUGAACUUUAUAUAAAGGUGGUCUUCGAUCAAGAAGAGAUUUUGACCGAGGACGGCGGUAAGAGGUCAGUGAAGCCCGGCGAUUAUGUUGCGGUGAGGAUAGUAUCCGCUAAAGCUUCUGUGCUGAGCGGUAUACCACUGUACCAUACUGGUAUUAGGGAAUUCUAUAGACACGUUAGUUGGGCCGAUAGAGGCACGGCUAGAGUACCGUUGUAAAUAUCGUACAUUACUUAUAUUAAUAUAUUAUAACCAAUUG